AUGUCUUUACCACGAAACUCCUCUCCACCGAGAAUAUAUCUACCAGAGAGAUUAUACAAGAUAGAUCAUUGGGAUAAACAUAACGAUCCUGAUCACCCGCCAACGUUUUCGGCAUUUCCAAGACCACCCUUAUCACACAGGUCAUCGUCUUCGACACUACGAAGUUAUGCAGAGAGCACCGUAUCUAGCAUAUCUACACUGGUGGGAAGCACCCACGCCCUCAUCAAGGAUGAACAGAAGAAACAAAUACCGAACCUUGGCAUGCCUAUACUGGAGGGAUGGCCUCUUGCCUUGACAAUGUUUUCAUUAUGCUUUGGUCUUUUCCUUGUAACACUUGAGACUACAGUCAUUUCGACAUCUCUUGUUACCAUCUCCUUAGAUCUCGGUUCAUUCGACAAGGCCUCAUGGAUAGUUGUCACCUACCUUCUCACAUAUACGGCAUUCCUCGUCGUCUUUACCCGACUUAGCGACAUAUUUGGCCGAAAGCCAUGUCUCCUCAUUGCAACAUUUUUCUUUGUUAUGUUUUCUAUGGCAUGUGCUUGCGCAAAGACGAUGACACAGCUCAUCGUAUUCCGUGCUCUCCAAGGUAUCGGUGGCUCUGGUAUCUACGCCUUGGCAUAUGCCUCGGUCUUAGAUGUUGUUCCAAUGAGACUCGUUGGUCAUGCAUCAGGAGCUAUCUCUAUGGCCUCAGCUUGUUCAAGUGUUCUUGGUCCUGUUCUUGGUGGUGCUAUCACAUCGAACACCACAUGGCGUUGGGUGUUCUGGCUCAAUGUCCCAACUGGUGUCAUUGUCUUUGGCCUUGUCUGGUGGAUCUUCCCAGUGAGCAUUGGACAGCAGAAGUUCUCCAGAGGACUGCUUGCACAGGUGGAUUGGGUGGGAGUAGUACUUUCUCUUACAGCUUCUCUAUGUCUUCUUAUCCCUCUCGAAGAAGGCGGCAGUGAAUUCGCAUGGUCAAGCAUUCUCAUUGUCCUUCUCCUUGCAGUCUCAGGUAUCUCCUGGGUAGGAUUCGCUAUCUGGGAAUGGCUUGUGACUAGACGGGAAGCAGUCUGGAAAAUCUUGCCCAUCUUCCCAUUCAGACUCGUCCAACGCCGUGUCAUCGGUGCCACAAUCCUUACUGGAUUCGUUGCUGGGUUCCCAUUCAUGGUCACUGUAGUUAGUCUUCCGCAACGCCUUCAAAUCGUCAACAACCUCUCACCUGCCAGCGCUGGCACUCAUAUACUACCUCUUCUCAUCAUGACUGCCCUUGGCGCUUUUGCCUCUGGUGUUAUUGCCACCAGGAUGAACAUUGCUUGGUUUAUGCUUGUGCUUUCUAACGCCCUCAGCACACUUGGGCUGGGGUUGAUGUCGUCGUUGCCAACAUCAGCAGGGGUUCCCGGGGUCUUCUACUUCUACCAGGUCAUCGUCGGUCUUGGCUUCGGGAUAGGGUUGGCAACUCUCAUGAUUGUCUCACGCAGUGAAGUUGCUUUAGAGGAUAAUGCUAUCACCGUUGGCGCUAUUACGCAAGUCCGGACGUUGGGCGGAGUGAUUGGGAUUGCUGUUGUCCAAGCCAUUCUAUCAUCACACGUUCGCUCUUCCCUCCCUACCUUCCUUAAUAGAGAACAAGUUGAGGGUAUUCUCGCCUCGACAGCAUACAUCUCUCGUCUCGACCCCCAUUUUGAGGCUGCAACACGUGCCAUUUACGGCGAGGCAGUGAACCUGCAGAUGCGGACAGUCACUGGGUUCGCAGCCGCUGCGUUUGUAGUAAGUCUGUUCGCCUACCGUAAGGACCGGGUGGACAUGAACGCGCUUGAAGCCUCAAGGGUUGCAGAGAAAAAUGGAGAAAGCCCCGCAGAUCUGUCGAAGACCACCCGUGGAGGAUCUACGCUCGAUAUAGAGCAGCAAGAGAGGGGGGCGCACGUGGAAAGACCUGCACGACCAGGCCUCCGCCGCCGAGCCACAUCAGUCGCUAUCUCAGCAGACAGCCGUAUAGAACGCAGAUCCUCAGGAGAAGACAGCCAAUGGAUGCCCAGCAAUCCGACUCCAUGGUCACUCCUGAGCCACCCUAUUCCUUCGAGUGACCUCUUCCCAGAGCUGGCCUGUCCACGAUGUGGAUUCUCGCGGACGCACGACGACAAGCAGGAUUGA